UGCCUCAUUCUCCUCUCUUGAAAUAACGGAAGGGUUUCAGUGCCAUGGAGAUGCGCGCUCUUCCGUUGUCCUCAUCACACAACUGUUGCCCUCCGACCCUUGGAUCCUGCAACAGCAGAUGUGCUCCAAGGGCCAGUGCUUGCUCCGUCAGGCCAGGAAGAGUGUGGGCUAUGACGGAGGAAAAGAAGAGCGGGGAGGAAGGAGCGACGAAAAAGAGCAAGCAGUCCUUGUUUGGAAGCAUCACCGAAGCCCUCGACUUCUCCCAGGUGAGGUCCUCUCAGGAUGCCGUGCUCAUAGAGGACGCGAGGGAGAUCACCAGAUCGGGGAAGAAGAUGACUAGAGAACAGUAUGGUGCGCUUCGGAGGAAGAUUGGAGGCACCUACAAGGAUUUCUUCAAGUCCUACGUAGAUGUUGACGGGCAAUACGUGGAGGAAGGUUGGGUGGACAAGACCUGCAAGGUAUGCAAGAAGGACACGAAAGGGGAACCAAGGCAGGUCGACAAACUCGGAAGAUAUGUUCAUGUGGCAUGCUUAGAGAAACCAAAUACCGGCAAUUUUUUCUCCAGGCUCUUCUCCGGAUGACUCGCCCUUUCUUUACGUCUUCUCAGUGUGCCAAUACGUAUACACAGUAUCCAUAGUACCAAUGUAACAGAAGUAAAUUAUUUUUGUAUACAUUGAUGUCCUCUUUGAUUAGCUUCUUUCCAACGUGCCACAGUAAUUAUACUGUGAUAGAGUGACAAUGUGAAGAUAUAGCCCAAGCAAGAUGUGUGGUUGUGACAACUCAUUUAGAACGAUAGCCAUCGUUGUUUGGGACAUGGGAAGACUACUACAACGGGUAAAGUGUUGAAUCCCUAAGUACAGUGGCCAAAAGGGGACGGAUCGACGAUGGAUGUGAACGAAGACACGAAGCAGAGAGACGGCAAGCAAGAAAUGGGAGACAAACAGCCUUGGGAUUCCUGACUCAAUCUGUCACACUCCACUGAUCAAUGCGUCUCAUCCUCCCGUCCUUCCUCACUUACCUUCCCAAUGAACUAUGUAUUCCUUCAAAUGACCGCUGAGACCCUCUUCAGUAUUUUCUUCAGCGCCCAGAAGAUUAAUCUCUAAUACUCGUUUGGUUGGAUUGUCCUUUUCAUAUAAUAUCAUAAUUGGUGGACGUCUACUUCCUGCAAUAGUGUUCUAAGCUUUCGUGAGGCCAUUAGGUGCUACCGCAACUGUGCGGUCCUCUACACCUCAGAUCGUAAGGAUAUAAAUCAUAUUCCAAUGAAUCUAGACCUUUAUCUCGUCCUCAUUUUGGUGUCUGGACAUCGUUGUUACAAGGCCAAACCUGUCAUUACAAAGAAAGCUUGCAGGGGUCGUGAAAGCGAGAGUUCGAUGACCCAUAAUAAGAUGCCUCACCCCGCUUUCCGAGAAAGACAAGAGAGAGAGCAAACGGCAGUAGUAGGAGCAGUCUGCAAGCGUUCGAAAGAAGGCAGAGUAAGAGGAGUUGAAAAGGGUGCUCCCACGAAUAAUAUCAUUAAAUUCCACAGCUUGUCUCGUCCAGAGGUCGUCUCACAGAUCUGGGGCUGCCACAGUAGUAGUGGCAGUAGUACCAGCAAGAGGUGAUGGAAACGAGAAGAGGGAGGAGAAGACUCGGGUUGCAGGUAAAAGAUGUUGUAGUCUUAUGCUGCGGUUUCGUCUGCCUCUUCUCUCUUUGCGCUCUGCUUUCGAGCGUUCCUUUCUGCCAAAUCGUCGAUGUAGGUGUUGGAAGCUCAGUCACGGAGCCCUACCCUCAGGCGGCGGCGGCGGCGGCAGAGGCGAGGCGGAGGCAGCUUGUGGGCGGCGAGCCAGGGUCGGCCCCUCCACGGUGUACAGGCAAGUGCGGCGAAUGCACCCCGUGCCAACCCGUGCACGUGGCGCUGCCGCCCGGCACUCCAGUGACCACGGAGUAUUACCCGGAGGCGUGGCGGUGCAAGUGCGGCGACAGGCUCUACAUGCCCUAAGCGCUACCAUCUCUUGAGUUCUACGCCAUCCAAGGAAUAGUGCCAUCGAAGACCACUCACCUAUCUCCGCAUUGUUGACAUCGAUCGCUGUCGUGUACUGAUUCCAACUCCUUACGGAAUAGGACGAGGUGAGUAAGUUACAUGUU